AUGGGAGCAACCAACAAAUCGAUGGAUGCUCUCUUCAAAGUCGGCGAGAAGUUCGUGUGCCUCUACGAGAACACCACCCCCUACCAAGCAAAAGUGACGGCGAUUCGAGUGGUUCGAGGUGUUGACAACUACAAUGUUCACUACAUCAGCUAUGGAAAACGACACGAUGAAUUGGUACCAUUCGGAGAGGAGGAGGGAAAAAUGUUCAAAGGAACACUGGAAGAUUAUCAGAGAAAUCAUAACAUUCCGCCAGCGGAGGCGAUGAAAAAUAUCAUUAUUGGGAAUCCACCGAAAGCAGGAGGAGCUGUAGAGAAACCGGGACCUUCUAGCAGAAAGCCAGGGCGUCCGAAGAAGGGAAAAGAAGGAGAGCAAGAAUCGACGGACCCGUGUGAACCAUCCACUUCCACAGAAGAACCCACACACUCAGUUUGUCUGAAAGUAGAACUGCCUCCGGGACUGCUGAAAGUGUUAGGAGAAGAUCACAGUCUCCUGGGAAAAGAUUUCAUUCCGGAACUCCCGGUGACUCACUCGAUCGAUACAAUCAUUCGAGAGUAUCUGGCGAAAAUGGAGAAAGAUGAGAAAGAAGAACUGAUUUCGAUUAAAGAUGGAGAUAGUGCGACGAGGGAAAAGAAGAAAGUGUUGGUGAAGUAUGCUGCGAGGAAAGGAGCUAUCAGAUCACUUGUUGAAUACUUCAACGCGAGUUUGAACAACUUCCUGCUCACCGAAAAGGAACGCCUUCAACACAGCGCUCUUCUGCGACGCGAAGCGACAAAGAAGAAUGUGAGAUUCAAAAGUGUCCUCGACAUUCCAACGGACACUGUCAGAUUCUCCGAACACUACGGUAUUGUCCAUAUGGUUCGGAUGCUGACGAAACUCGACGAGCUUCUUCAAGUAUCCGAUUGGAACGACUAUUUUAUGGAGAAGUUUAUGGAUGCAGUCCACGACUUUAUGGGAUUCCUCGAGGACAACUAUCUGAAAUACUGGAAAGCGGAGGGUGGCUACAGGACGUUGACUGCUGAGUACUAUAGACAAUGGACAACGGCCGGAGAUGAAUAA